AUGGAUUCUCUGAUUGCGCUCAGUACUUCUGUGGCCUACGUCUACAGUGUCAUCUCAUACACAAGGGAGGUCAAAGGAAAGCCUCUCGAGACAGGAUCGUUCUUCGAAACAUCUACUCUACUGGUUACUCUGAUCCUUCUGGGGCGAGUCAUCAGCGAAUUUGCCCGCUCUAGGGCAACAAAGUCGGUAUCAUUCCGUUCCCUCCAAGUGGACGAGGCUCUCCUCAUACUGCCAUCGUCAUCGCCUAGCGACCCGAAAACCUGUCUUAUUGACUCUCGGCUACUGCAAUACGGUGAUCAAUUUAAAGUUGUCCCUGAAUCCAGAAUUGUUACCGACGGCAUCGUCAUACAUGGCGGCUCGGAAGUGGACGAAUCAAUGAUUACGGGAGAAGCUCUACCAGUUGCCAAGGGCCGCGAGUCACCCGUGCAUGCGGGAACGGUCAAUGGGAGCGGCAAUCUUAUUGUAGCUCUAAAGAAGCUGCCACACGAAAAUUCUGUCAGCAAGAUCGCGACUCUGGUUGAGAGCGCGGGGCUCACCAAGCCGAAGGCCCAGGCAAUUGCUGACCGCGUUGCUUCGUGGUUUGUGCCAGCAAUCAUCCUCAUAGCGCUUUUGGUGUUCACCAUAUGGAUCCUCGUUGACAAGUGA